AUGACCGGUGUGGCAGGCUCGGGUUUGGAAACCCUCUCGCGUACCGCUGGCACAGUGCUGGACAACGUUGAGGUCUUGCGGGUGGCCCUAGCUAACGGCGCCACCGUGGCCACCGGCGUCAAGCAGAACGAGGACCGUGCGCGGCGCCGCCAGCUCCAUGACCGGGGUGCUGAGCUUCAAGGUCAAGACGAUCUAGCCUCCUUCGAAGCGCGUACCAUCGCUUUCAACUCGAGCAUCAAACCGACUCAGGAGGACAACGCCAACGCCUUCCUCGGUACACAGAAGUGGGCUCAAAGUGGAAACAACAACGACCUGAUCUUCAUCCGCUUCAGCCUCAAGCAGGCCAAGACCGUACUUAGCUCGCUCAUGAACAACCUGUCGACCUUGAUGGUGCUCAGCACGACCGACAACGAUUUCUGGACGUCCGAGUCCAUCUCGACCCCCGGCCUCGUGGAGAAGGCCAUUGUUGACAUGGGUGGCGCCACGCGCGACAUCCGCUCGUUUUUCGGCCAGGCGCCGGCCAAGAAGCGCCGCACGACGCAGCAGGGAUCCCCGGGCAAGAUCGAGGCGACCGAAAUCGCCACCGAGGUCUCCCAAGUCGAGGCAAGCGAGGCGGCCGUCGAGGCGCAGGACGACGAGGAGCAGGCCAAAGCGCAGGACGAUGAACAGGGCGAGACGCUGCCCGUGACAAGCUUCGUGGAUCUCCAGAAGACUUCGCAGCUGCGCUCGCUGCUGCAUGCAACGUGGUUCGACGUGUUGCAGAAGGAGUUCUCGCGCGGCUCCUUCCAGGCGCUGACGCGGUUCCUGGAGGGCGAGGAAGGCCGCAAGAAGACCAUCUACCCGCCGCCGGCCGACGUAUUCGCGGCGCUGCGAGACUGCGCUUUCUCCGACCUCAAGGUGGUGAUUCUGGGCCAGGACCCGUACCACGGACCGCAACAGGCACACGGCCUGAGCUUCUCGGUGCGCCACGGAAUCCCACCGCCACCGAGCCUCAAGAACAUUUUCAAGGAGGCCAUGAACGACGUGGGCAUCGCGCGCCCUACACACGGCUGUUUGUCUUGCUGGAGCAAGCAGGGCGUGUUGCUGCUCAACACUGUGCUUACGGUGCGUCGAGGAGAGGCGAACUCGCACAAGAAGCGCGGCUGGGAGCAGUUCACUGACGCCGUCAUCUCCAAGGUCAGCAAGGAAGCCUCCAACGUCGUCUUCUUGCUGUGGGGAAAACCGGCGCAGGAGAAGGGCGCGCUCAUCGACACAAAGCGGCACCUGGUGGUGCGCUCCUCGCACCCGUCACCACUGGGCGCCACCAAGACCAACGCGCCGUUCCUGGGCUCCAAAUGUUUCUCGCGUGCCAACAGCUACCUCAAAGAGCAUGGCAAGGAGCCCAUUGACUGGAGUGUGGAGUAAGCCCGAUGGCUGGGCGGGGCGAGCUGUCUUGCUCGCCGUGUGUAUGCUUCGAUUGCUAGCUUGUUAGUUACUUACCACUACCUAAUACAAAACCUGACGUAUC